CGAAUUAAAUAGUUUGGUACGCUGUUCCGACCAGAACCUUCUCAUGUGUUGGCAUAGAGCAGAGCUGCCUGAGCCGAUGCUGAGGCGGUUUCCAACAAGUGCCCUGCUCUGCUGCGGGAGAAAUGUGCCCUGCACGUUGGCUCGUGAAGAGCACUGACACGGAAAGGGCUCCUGUUAGCGAGGGGGGAAUUGUUUCCAGAGAGUGCGAUUUUGGUAAAGAAGCCCUUUCGAGGAGAACGGUGAUCGUUUUUAGCAAGUUAGUUCACAGUGUGUGGCAGUACAUUUGGAAGGAUUACAGUUGGUGUUGUCGCGCUAUUUUUUUUUUUUUUUUAACGUAUCACCACCAAAGAUUUUGCAGUCUUGUGAGUGAGGAGUAUAAGAAGUUAAAGGAUGAUAUUAAUGAAUAUCACCGUUGAAAAUAAUUCAGCAGUGAUUUCCCCCUCCCCCGGGAAGUUGCCUGCUCGCGGGCAUUGUCUGAGAUAGCAGCUCCGGACUCCUCUUUCGCUCUUUGUGAGCUCCGCUCCUUUGUGGGACUCCUCCAAAUCAAAGCCUGCUGUAGUUCAGAUGGGAAAAUGCAUUUCUGUUACUGCGAAGUUGAGGAGGCUGGAAAUAUUUAAUAGGAAAACCACACCAUGGGAGCAUCUAAAAGCAAUAACUUUAAAAUCGAGGAAAAAAAGCUUUUAUUUGUUCUGUUUUACCUCUCCUGCUGAGUGUUCCGGAGAUGCGUUUACUGUUAAUUGCUGUUUGGUGAUUUUCAAAAGGUAACUGCAAAUUUAGAAAGCGUCAUUCAGAAAGACAUUUAAUGCUCUUGUAUUUACUGAAAGAAUAUAUCGCUAUUUAAAGGCCGUCUGAUGGAAAGGGAAGAUGGAAAAAAAAUACAGGGAGAGACUGCAUGUUGCCAUUCUUUGUUGCUCUUUAUUUUGUAUUUGUGUGGAACAUGUUGAUGUAUUUCACAUAGGAAUUUUUUUUAUUUUUUUACUUUUUUUUUUUUUUUUUUUUUUUUUUUGAAAGGAGCAUCGUUGUUACAUUUAAUGGGGAAGUACCACGGUAUAAAACCAACCCACAUCCCCCACUCUGCAGUGCCCAUGUAAGAGUGACAAAUCGCGGGCUGAGGCUCGCGCCCUCCGUCCUCCAGCAAUGUGAGGCUUCCCAGAUCCCAGUGUGGCCAUGCCAGCCUUUUGCUCUUAGGCAGUUCCUCAUGGUCACAAUCUACAUAGAUAUAUUUCUUCCACGUACGUAUGUGGGGAAUUGAAAUUAGAUGGUAACCAGUGGGAACGGAGCUCUCUGAUCGAAAGACCUUUUUUUUUUUUUUUUUUUUAUUGCAUUUGGCAACCUCUUUUCUUUCAGAGACACAAUACAAUUAAUUAACAUAUUCUGGGGCGUGUUUUUGCGAUUGGGAAGUGGUGGCCCCUUGUUGAGAAGAAAACACUUUAAAUAAAAAAGUAACAUUGUUGUGUCCAAAUGGUACUGGGAAAAGCAGAGUGGUACUGCUGAUGCAGCCCAUGGAUGCGGUUGAUUUACUCCAAUUUGCUUUAGUAUAUACCAAACCAGCUUAUCCUUUCCCACGCCCACAUUAGAUAUGUGUUUUCUUUAUACAAAUCCACCUAAAAUAGGUCUGUAUUUAAGAUAUUGGGAAAUUCAGCACGUCAUUUCUCCUGUAUGGCGGUAGCAGAGAUACGAUUCCUAAAUUGAAAUCAAACACACGUGAGCAGUGACAUGAUACAGUAUCAUGCUGCUCAUCGUAACACCACAAACAUGAGAAAAGGUUGUUAAUUUAUAUGGAAUGUUAAUUUGGCAAAUCCCACGCUGAGGUAUGCCUGUGCAGAAAAAGUAAUCCGAGGCUUGGUUUUGGCAUGAUGCUAUGUAAAUGUAUUUAAUAAAAAUCCAGUCAAUUAAUACGUACCUCCCCAAAUCCAAACUUUGCAGUGAUGUACACUUUAAAGAAAAGCCCAAUGUUAUGUUCAAGUUACAUACAAUCUAAAUUCCAGAGUUUACUAAAGCAGCUUUUCAGGGCUUAGCGUGACAUUAAUAUUCAAUAUGGUUUGAUGGAAGUUUAUUUCAGGUUCUUUUGUAUCAUACUGUAAUUAUCACUGCUUUGACUUGACUCACAUAAAAAUGUGGUUAACGUUUAAAUGUCUUUUUAAUGUAGAGAAUUAUAAAUUAACUGUCACAUGUAAAUCUUUUAGCUGGUAUCACUUAGGGAAUGUUAAGUCUUUCACAAGGAAAUAAUCACUGCGCUUAAAAACAUCCCGUGUAGGAUCCUUUCCUUUAGAAUUUUGGUUUGAGAUGGUUCAUUCAAAGAAAAUCCCUUGUUUGGUGUUUACUGUAAACCUAGGUCGGAAAUUAACAUUUAAAUGGCAACAUGAGUAACAGAGGCAGUACUUGAAAACCACCACCCUUAUCCAUGGCUGCUAGCUAAGUGGAAUUUACCAAAGUCUCCAAAGGUGAUAAUGCAAUUUAAACCAAGAAAAUGAAUACAAUAGUUGGUGGAAUUCUUCCCCCUUCCAUUCCACUCUGAGGAAUUACAAAAUUUGUCAUUCCAUUUGCACAAAAGAAAAUAGCACAAGAUGUGCAGGGGCGCAGUGUCCAGGAGAUGCGCCAGCGUGACCCCUGGUGCUGCUCCCUGUACCUGUGUCACGUGUGCUUGUGCAACGUGCAGGCUGCCCGUGGUGAAGUCAUCGCAUCUGAAGUGUUAGAACGUUCUAGUUAUUCAGCAGCUUGCAUUGGGGUAGGUGUUAAACACAGAUUUGACCAUUAAAUUAAAGAAUAUAAAGGAAAAUUAAACUUUGCUUUCUUGGUAUAAUUUAAGAGUAAGCACACACAGAUGCACUAACGCUUCACUGUGGGUUGUGGAUGUGCAUUAUCCAUCCUAACUGAACAUGGGCAGGAAUAAUUUGUUGGAUCCGAGGCGGACUGCCAUUUAGAACACGCUAUGUGCAAAGGUCAGCAUGCGGGAGUCGCAUUCUGCUUUGUGUAGGGUGACCAUUUUGCUGCUGCCUUCCCAGAAAUGGAGCAAGUACCCACGAUCAGGAUGUAUUUCCACGAAGACCGUUAAUGAUUUAAACCCGCAGAAACAAAAAGCAGACGAGCAUCAAUCUAUUUUAAAGAGAUAAACAGGGGAAGUAUUAUUGUACAUAUUGAGAACCUCCGAGUUACUGCAAUUUUCCUGGUCUCGGUUGCAUCCGCUCGCUGUGUAGAGUGUGUCCUUUUGUACAGAGGUAAAGAUCAAAGCUUUCCCAACAAAGUCGCAAGUAGAAAAUGGACUAAAAAUGGCGACUAGAAAUUUGCUUUAAAGAAUUAGCUGUAAAGUGAGUUUUCCCACUUGGCAUUUCCAAGCCCGAUGUCAGUUGAUGUUUUCUAAUACAGCGCACAUUUUAUGUAAAACCUCUGCUUUUUCUCUUAUCCGUGGAGGACUCCUCUGAUGCUUACAUCCAACCAAUAAUGUGCCUCUGUAAAGGAAAGACUUCUGCUUGUUCAGUGCUUUGUUUUAUUCACUGAAGUUACAGUGAUUGUAUACUUUGUAGAGAAAAAGCAGUGAAAUUUAAAGCAAGUAUGCAGAUCCCAGCAUUGUUGUUGGGAGUGAUGAAUGGCUAGUAAAAAUUUAAGGUGAAUACCUCUUUAUUUUUGCUAACGAAGCUGAAGUGCCACGCAGCACUGUAUGUUAACAUUUUUGUGAGGGAUCCCUUCAACUUUAGAAGUGCUUUACAUGUGGGCAGUGUAAUUUUCAUUCACUUAUGCAUUAAUUCUAUUUUAAAAAUAUCUAAAAAAAAUGUGGAUAUGUAUCACCCUGUUGUAUGUUUGUUAUAACCAAACUUGUCUGGGUGUUAGAUUCUGUAGGUUUCUUUUAAGAGAACUGGCUUUUCUCCUCGCAUUUAGAUUAACAAUGAAAUUAUUCAUUCUUACCCCCUGAACUAUAUUCCUCUCUAAUUAUUUUAAUCUUAUAUAUCACUAUAAGAAGGACAGGCUUCUUUUUUCAAACAGAAAAUUGGCCUUCUGUGUCAUGUCAGUGCUUAUUAAAUACUACAAUCAUAAGAACACAUACACUACAAGAUUUUACCUUCUGAUUCCAUAGCUGUUACAGGCUUAGUGGUUGCAGAAUUUAUUUAGUGGUAAUGCAUUUCUUUUCCUAUUUUGCAUUUCAAAGGUCUCGUCUAAACAAUUGUUUUACAGAACUAUCCAGAGGUUAUCUAAAUUUCCCCAUCAAAUAUUACGCAGCACCAUAAGCUGGGAGUCAUGGAGUUUCUUUCCGUUCAUUUACAUUCCCUCUGUAGAAAGAACUGAUCAGAAAGCCACAAAAGAAAUACGACAAAUCCUUAAUGAAAUGGUUCAGUGUAUUCGGUUUGACUGAAUUUGGACCAAAGCAAAGUUUCAAGCUGUUCACUGCUAAGCUGGUGUUAAACGCUCUCUGAGUAAAAUAUUUUUAUUUGGAAACAAUGCAGUGGGCUUCUCAUAGAUGUAUUCUUGAUUCCUCGGUGCGGCUUUAAUCAAGUUGUUGCAAAGCAAUUAAUUUUUUGCUUUAGUGAUGCAUUUUUAUAAAGCCAGAAAUUGGGUUUCAGAAUCACUAACAUCAAAAAAGCCAAAGCCCCAAACCCAGCGCUACCGGCAGCUGCACGCGUUGCUGUUCAAAGAGGAAGUUGCAGGAAAACCGUCUCAAUUAAUUAAAAAAGAAAAAGAAAGAAAAAAAAAAGCAGUGAUAAAAAUGUACAACUGUUUGUUGCAAUACAAGCUUUACUGUAUGUAUACAUUAAUCCAACAAAUUAAAAUAUACUUAAUAUGUUUUCCUUUCAAAAGGAUAUUUAUUUUAAUUUACCUGUCAGGGAAAUAAAGGACAGAUUUGCUGCUGCUGUAUCGUGAUUUUUUUUUUCCUUGUCAGGGUUAACAGAAUCAUUGGGAAUGCUUUUUAAAUUAGAUGUCAUUUUCUUGACACGAAUGAGGAAGGGCCAGGAGGGUGCAUCUACCUUCAAAUCAUUUGCCUUUUUUUAAAACAGUGUGAUCUAUUGGCUGCUUUAUUUCCUCACACAGUAAUUGCUCACACCUGCAAUUUUCAGCGUAUUUUUUUUACGGGCCUUAAAAGUAAUAAAAAUAGCGUUGUGUGUUUUAUCAUACAAAUAAUUCCGAGUCCAAAUGUGUGUUGUUCCUUGCUAAGAUAGGGCAGUUUUGUGCAGGGUGGUGUUUUUGGGAGCACUAACUGCAUUAUUUUAUGCAAACUGAAACAUUCCACAUCCGGAUAUCCUCCACUGUUUUGUUUUGUUUUGUUUUUUGUCUCAUGUGUUAAAAAUGUCUAGACUCAGGGAUAUGGGAGCGUGCAUUUACAGAGAAAUGCUACAGCGUGUCCCAAAUGGCCAUGCUAAUUGCGCUGGGCUGGGCCUUCACGGAGGAAGCUGCCUCCAUCACUCCCCUUGCUUUUGCCCUCCAUUCUGCCUCUAUUUAUCUAAUUUCACUUAAAACUUUCAGGGAGAGAAAAGAGCUUGACCUGAGCUGUCCUGCCUGCACUGCGGCUCUGGGGGUGGAGCUGGGCACAUCCUUACCCAGAUCCCGUCUUCCUGCUCCCAUACACGUUAAUUAACAACGUUUAAAACACAUAUAUAUGUAUAGGCCCAGGUAGCCAGGCGUCCAAGAAUGCACACAACUCAGCAGUGAUUUGCUCAGAUACCGUAUCGACUGAGCUGGCCUUGCAAAACUAUCACAAAAAGCACCCGUUCACCACACAAAUUCUACAUGUCUGCCUUUUAGCGUGGCAACGGAGAUAAAGCAGUGAGGGCUUCCUGGCCCAAUACAAAUGCAAAAAUAAAAUAAAUAUAUAACGUCCCUGGGGUGGGUGAGGGAGGACCGGGCAGGGAUGUGUGCAUUUCUGUGCUCCCGAGCACAGCCAGGAGCACCGUACCUGCCUGCAACGGAGCACCGUGCAGCUCGGGGCCGUCCUCAGUGCAGGCUGCCUCCGCUCAAUCAGUUUUGCGAUUUUUUAAUGUUAAUUUUUAAUUUUGUUUUAAAUUCAAGCAUUUAACUUCAAUAAAAUAAUAACAAAUACCCCCCCCACCCCUCCGAAUAAAUAAAAACAUUUUAAAAACAAUGCCGCCUCGCCCCAAAUCAAUAAAUCCCACCCAACCUCCCGGAGGGAACGGGCACCUCCGAGUGCGGCGGGACAGCCGCGUGCGAGCCCGCGCCUCCCAGCGCCCUCCCGGUCCCACCUCCCGCCUCCCCGCAGCAGAGCGGCGCGGGGCCGCCGGCGCCUCCGUUCCGCGGCUCCACGAAGCGGAGAGCGGAAAGGCGCGAGGGUGGCGGGAGCGCGCGGCUCCCGCGUGCGCAGCGAGCGAGGGGACGGAGGCCAUACGAGUUGGCGGCGGUAACGCGCGAGCCCCGCGGCCGCGUCGCGAACGAACGGGACGAUGGUCUCUAGCGAGCCGCUGCUGCUGCCGGUGUCACUGGAGGGCGAGUUCUCCACUAGCAUGAAGGAGAUGAUCGGCGGCUGCUGCGUGUGCUCCGACGAGAGGGGCUGGGCCGAGAACCCGCUCGUUUACUGCGACGGGCACGGCUGCAAUGUCGCAGUGCAUCAAGCUUGCUAUGGAAUUGUUCAAGUACCCACUGGACCUUGGUUCUGCAGAAAGUGUGAAUCUCAGGAAAGAGCGGCCAGAGUGAGAUGUGAAUUAUGCCCUCAUAAGGAUGGUGCUUUAAAGAGAACAGAUAAUGGGGGUUGGGCUCAUGUGGUUUGUGCUCUGUACAUUCCCGAGGUGCAGUUUGCGAAUGUCGCUACAAUGGAACCUAUUGUGUUGCAGUCCGUUCCUCAUGAUCGUUACAAUAAGACAUGCUAUAUCUGUGAUGAACAAGGCAGAGAAAGUAAAGCAGCCACAGGUGCAUGCAUGACAUGUAAUAAACACGGAUGUCGACAAGCUUUUCAUGUAACAUGUGCACAGUUUGCAGGACUUCUUUGUGAAGAAGAAGGCAAUGGUGCAGAUAAUGUCCAAUAUUGUGGCUACUGUAAAUACCAUUUUAGUAAGCUGAAAAAGAGCAAACGGGGAUCUAAUAGGUCAUAUGAUCAAAGUUUAAGUGAUUCUUCCUCUCACUCUCAGGAUAAACAUCAUGAGAAGGAGAAAAAAAAAUAUAAAGAGAAAGAUAAACACAAGCAAAAAUAUAAGAAGCAGUCGGAGUCCUCACCAUCCUUGGUUCCAUCUCUUACUGUAACUACAGAGAAAACUUAUACAAGCACUAGCAACAACUCCAUGUCAGGCUCCUUGAAGCGUCUGGAAGAUACUACGGCUCGAUUUACAAAUGCAAAUUUCCAGGAAGUUUCUACACACGUUUCAAGUGGAAAAGAUUCUUCAGAGGCUAGAGGGUCAGAGAGCAAAGGGAAGAAAUCUACAGGUCACAGCUCGGGACAGAGGGGAAGAAAGCCUGGUGCUGGAAGAAAUCCAGGAACAACUGUGACUGCAGCUAGCCCUUUUCAGCAAGGAAGCUUUUUGGGCACUCCUGGGAGCAUAAAGUCAUCUUCUGGAAGUUCGGUUCAGUCUCCCCAGGAUUUUUUGAGUUUUACAGAAACAGAUCUGCGAAGUGACAGUUUCACUCAUUCUCAACAGGCUUCGUCAACCAAAGAUGUACAUAAAGGAGAGACUGGAAGUCAAGAGGGAGGUGUCAACUGUUUCUCUUCCUUAAUUGGUCUCCCUUCAUCAUCAGCUGUUUCCCAAUCUAAAAACUUUGACAGCUCACCUGGAGACAUAAGUAAUUCAAGCCUUACUUCUACAGCAUACAAAAGAGCUCAAACUUCUGGAAUAGAAGAGGAAACUGUAACAGAGAAGAAACGGAAAGGAAAUAAGCAAAGUAAACAUGGGCCUGGUAGACCCAAAGGAAAUAAAAGUCAAGAAAGUAUUUCCCAUCUUUCAGUUUCUUCUGCUUCCCCAACUUCAUCUGUAGCAUCUGCUGCAGGAAGUGUGACAAGCUCUGGUCUUCAAAAAUCUCCAACUUUGCUCAGGAAUGGAAGUUUACAAAGUCUUAGUGUUGGCUCAUCUCCAGUGGGAUCAGGUAUUUUUAGCAGCAAUGAUGUAGCAGUAUCAUUUCCAAAUGCAGUAUCUGGCUCAGGAUCUAGCACUCCCGUUUCCAGUUCUCAUUUACCUCAGCAGGCUUCAGGCCACUUGCAGCAAGUGGGAGCUCUAUCACCUUCAACUGCGCCUUCUAUAACUACUGUUGUUGCUGCAACUCAGGCAAACACCCUACCUGGAUCUUCUCUCAGUCUGCCUCCGUCCCACAUGUACGGCAAUAGGCUGAAUCCAAAUUCAGCAAUGGCAGCACUUAUAGCUCAGUCUGAGAACAGCCAAGCAGAUCAAGAUGUGGGAGAUAACGGCCGAAACCUUGCUGGCAGAGGAGGCUCGCCCAGAGGAAGUCUCUCACCACGAUCCCCUGUAAGCAGCUUGCAGGUCCGCUAUGACCAACCAGGAAACAGUUGUGGGGACAGUUUGCCCCCGGUAGCAGCCAGCAUAGAACAGCUUCUGGAGAGGCAGUGGAGCGAAGGACAGCAGUUCUUACUGGAACAAGGCACCCCCAGUGACAUUUUAGGAAUGCUUAAAUCAUUGCACCAACUUCAGGUUGAAAACAGAAGAUUGGAAGAGCAGAUCAAGAAUCUGACUGCUAAAAAGGAACGGCUUCAGCUUCUCAAUGCACAGCUUUCGGUGCCCUUCCCAACACUGACUUCAAAUCCGAGCCCUUCUCAUCAAGUACACGCAUUUCCCAUACAAGCAGCACCUAGCACCGAUUCCUUGAACAGCAGCAAAAGCCCUCAUCUGGGAAACAGUUUUUUACCGGACAGUUCUCUUCCUGUGUUAAAUCAGGAGAUAACCUCCAGUGGACAAAGCACCAGCAGUUCAUCAGCUCUUUCCACUCCACCACCUGCUGGGCAGAGUCCAGCUCAGCAAGGCUCAGGAGUCACGGGAGUUCAACAGGUCAAUGGUGUGACAGUGGGGGCACUAGCGAGUGGUAUGCAGACUGUAACCUCCACCAUUCCUGCAGUGCCUGGUGUGGGUGGAAUAAUUGGAGCGCUGCCAGCCAGCCAGCUGGCAAUCAAUGGAAUUGUAGGGGCUUUAAAUGGGGUAAUUCAGACCCCAGCAACAAUAUCACAGAACCCUUCUCCUCUCACUCAUGCAACCGUGCCACCCAAUGCAACGCAUCCUCUGCCGACUACAUUAAACAACAGUGCCUCAGGACUAGGAUUACUUCCUGACCAACAGAGACAACUUCUGCUCCAUCAACAGCACCAGCAAUUCCAGCAAUUACUAAGUACUCAGCAACUCACAUCAGAACAACAUCAGGCCCUUCUGUAUCAGCUAGUACAGCAACACCACCACCACCAACACCACCAUCAGUCCGAAGUACAGCAACUGCAGAUUACUGGAGGAGCACAGAUUCCCAUAAACAACUUACUUUCAGGCACGCAGGCAUCACCACUUAAUGCAGCUUCUACCAACCCAUUCCUGUCAAUUCACGGAGAUAAUGCAGCUCAGAAGGUGACAUAUUUUCUCUUACACAGAGGCUCAAUGAUAAAACUGGACCAGUUGCAUCAGAGAAGAGUUGACAUUUGAGUGAUACUUGAGAACUGCACGUCCUGCUGUGAUAGCACUUCAUCUGCCUGCAGACUGCAGCUUUCCUUUCUGCAGAUAUGAAGAAAUGCAACAAGGAACUCUUACUGCACAGCAAAAGGUUAAUAAUUUUCAUAAGGAUAUUUUUGGUAGGCUUUGAUUUGCUUUCUUGUUGCACUAAAAUGGAUAUAAUUUUUAAUGUUUGACUGUGAAAUAGAUAAAACUGCAAACCACAGUUAUUUUGUCAGUCCAAAAAUGGUAGUGAGUACAAGUUAAACCACAGAAAAACGUACACAUGACUUAUCAGUGCUAAUGUUAAACUCUAGAGGCUAGAGAACUGUCUGCAGGCACACGUUACCUUGAUUUUGGAGCAGGAGGGUUUCUUUGUUUUGUUAAUUAAAAAGCUCCACAGAAGCCCAAACGUAGCGUCUGAUCUCUGCCGCAGUUGCAAUCUAUCCUUCAGGCUAAGCUGGCAAUGGCAGUCUGGACUUGCUGUUUGCUGUUUGCUGUUUCCUUUUACACACACACACUCAUUUGGAAAUCUGACUCACGAGGGAAUCUAUUCUGAACUUUUAUUCCUUUAAAUUCCUGUUGUUAUAUAGUGGGAGUUUUUCCUGAGUAAGAAUUACAGUAUGGAAUCCAAAGUUGAUUAAUUUUGGCGUAGGUUGUAGAGUGCUGAGGUUUUUAAAGGAACUGGUUUGGUUCCAGCAACAAAGUUUUCUUACCAGAUGAGAAGGCCACACUGGAAGAAUUAGGAGUAGUGUUUGGCCUAAACCAAGUGCCUGUUGCUACCUCCCUUCGUUGGAAUGGCUGCCAACAGCUGACGAUGCACUAGCCGUGUCCUUGUGAGCAGCAGGAAGAGUCGGUGUUGCACCAGCAGCCUUGUCCUUCUGCCUUUACUCCAAGUGUUUAUACCACUGUAGAUAGCUCAGGCAGAUUGUUACCUGGGUCCUUUUCACUGAUGAACUACCAAAAAGUGAGUGAGGGUUUCCCACUACAAUUAUCAAUGGUCGAAACGGACGGGCUCGCGUUCAACGGUGGCUGAUGCGAUGGCGUGACUCGAUGCAGGGUGGUGUUCAAUUGGGGUAAUGACCACUAAUCAGUGCUACGGUGGGAAUUGUUAGGGGAAGAGACCCAGCUGUAUUUAGACCUCCACUGUGUACUUAUUUGGAAGAACAUGUUAAUUCUGCAAUAUGUUUCUUAGUUAAACAUUGCACAGUUCUUACCUCAUUUCUGUAAAUAAAGUUUUGUGAAUCUGUUUUGUAUUGUGAAGAAUUCAUAAGAAAACAUUGAUAUUUUGAUUUGUAAUAUUUCUAAUUAGUAGAUUUAAUUGAAGAAGUAAAAAUAAUUUAUUUUUAUAUGUUCGGGGGAAUUUUUUAAAAAUGUCACAGAUCACUUUUGUAGAUACUUUACAAAAGUCAAACCGGUGGUUUAUUUUACCCUCUCGCCCCACCGGUGAAUAUUCUGUAACAAUUUGUACAAAAGGUAAGAUGGAAAUGUGCUGUUAUUUUGACUAGGUGUAAAAUUCCAAGUGUAUGAAAAGAUAUGUACAAAGCUUUUGUUAAUAAACUUUAAUAAUGUUUAUAGUUGCA